AUGGUAACAGGUAGCGGGUGCUCAAGCGCCGGUAUCCCGUUCGGCGUUCCCCAGACGCACUUCCCCGCCGUCGCCGCCGUCAAGAUGCCCAAGGCCGCUCCCGGAAAGACCGCCGCUAAACACAAGUUCGUCAUCGACUACUCCAAGCCGGCGGACAACCAGGUCUUCGACGGCGCUGCCUUUGAAAAGUACCUUCAUGACCGUAUUAAGGUCGAGGGCAAGGCAGGCAAUCUCGGCGAAAACAUCAAGAUCCAGCGUGACGGGAACACAAAGCUCACCGUGUCUUCGAGCAUCCCGCUCUCGAAGCGGUACCUCAAGUACCUCACCAAAAAGUACCUGAAGAAGAAUCAGCUUCGGGACUGGAUUCGCGUUGUGGCGACGACCAAAGACUCGUACCAGCUUCGCUUCUACGACAUUGACACCGGUGCCGCUGACGAGGACGAAGAGUAG